GACGCCGAGCAGCCGCGCGGCCAAGGGGCGAGCGCUGACGCCACUUCUGGGCCUGCCCCUCGCCUCCUCCCCUACCGCCUGGCAUGGUGCGGCCCGAUCGCCCGCCGCGCUUCUCCCCGCCCAGGUGAAGCAGCUGGCAGCCUCUGAGGAAGUGUGGAGGAGCUGGGUGGCUGCUGGAAGGAUGCUGAGCUGGAGCCGCCUCAACCUUGCCCUUCUGGCCGCGGCUGUUGCCUGCGCUUCAGCGCAACACGUGCCACCGUGGACAGAAGACUGCAGAAAAUCAACUUAUCCGCCUUCUGGACCAACCUACAGAGGACCAGUUCCAUGGUAUACCAUAAAUCUUGAUUUACCACCCUACAAAAGAUGGCAUGCGUUAAUGGCUGACAAGGGACCAAUGCUAAGGAUUAUAGUGAAUUCCAUAAAGAAUAUGGUAAAUACGUUUGUGCCAAGUGGAAAAGUUAUGCAGAUGGUGGAUCAGAAGUUGCCCAUUCUGCUUGGUCAGUUUUCUGAUCCUUAUGAAGAGGAAAUGAAAGGAAUUGCAGAUGUUACUGGGAUACCCUUAGGAGAGAUUAUUUCAUUCAACAUUUUUUAUGAAUUGUUUACCAUGUGCACCUCAAUAAUAACUGAAGACAAGAAAGGUCAUCUGCUACAUGUUAGAAACAUGGAUUUUGGAAUAUUUCUUGGGUGGAACAUAAAUAAUAACACUUGGGUCGUAACUGAGCAACUAAAACCUUUGUCGGUGAAUCUGGACUUUCAAAGAAGCAAUAAAACUGUCUUCAAGGCAACAAGCUUUGCUGGCUAUGUAGGCAUGUUAACAGGAUUCAAACCAGGAAAAUUUAGUCUUACACUGAAUGAACGUUUCAGCAUGAAUGGCGGUUAUGUGGGUCUUCUAGAAUGGAUUUUGGGAAAGAAAGAUGCCACAUGGAUAGGGUUUAUCACCAGAUCAGUUCUGGAAAAUGGUACAAGCUAUGAAGAAGCCAAGAAUAUACUGGUCAAGACCAAAUUGUUGGCCCCAGCAUACUUCAUUCUGGGAGGUAACCAGUCUGGGGAGGGGUGUGUGAUUACACGAGAAAGACAAGACUCUUUGGAUGUAUAUGAACUUGACCCUAAGCAGGGCAGAUGGUACAUGGUGCAGACAAAUUAUGACCGAUGGAAAAAGCCCUUAUUCCUUGAUGAUCGCAGAACGCCUGCGCAGACGUGUCUGAAGCGCACAGCCCAGGAGAAUCUUUCAUUUGCAACCUUGUAUGAUAUUCUGUCAACAAAACCUGUUCUCAACAAGCUAACUGUAUUUACAGCCUUGAUGGAUGUUACAAAAAAUCACUAUGAAGCUUACCUUCGGGAUUGCCCUGACCCUUGUAUGGGCUGGUGAGCACACAUCGGCCCACGGAAUACGCCAAGACCCGACAGCGCCUUGUCCAGCGCGGCUGACCAGUGCAGCUGUCCAGAUUCUCUCUGCAGGCAAAGGACUCGAGACUGGUUCUGAGUGAUACCCUUGCCUUUCUCAGCGUGUUUACUAAUAGCAGACUGUUUUUACCAUAACAAUUGAUUUUCUUAUUUACAGGUUACUUCUUUAAGUGAAGUAAAACAGUCUUCUAGGAUUUGCUGAGAUUCAUUUCACUUUGACAUUUGGGCAUAGGGAUUAACAAUUAAACCACCUCCAUGGAAUUUCAAAUCGAUUCUCUACAGGCAUUUGUUUGAACUAGUAACUCAUGUGGCUAAUGUAAGUAGUCCACAUUAUUCAGUUUUUCACUUUUAUUAACAUAGUUGUAUAUUUUUCUGUGUAGCAAAAUUUUCCUUCUAACUACUAAGAGAAUCGAUAUAUCAUUGCAUUUUGCUGUUAGUGGCAGCAAUAUCAUUUCACUCCAUUGGACUGGGAGGAUGAGACAGACAUUCAGUAUUUCUGCCAUUACAAAUACCUUUGAAACUGUAAAAGUUUUGGGGAUUCAUGAAAUAAUAUCUGAGGCAGUUUUUUAUAAUAAGAAUGGACCUACUUCCCUUUUCACAAUUAUUUUACCUUCUAGUAUUCCAGGAAGUUACAAAAUUAAAAAAAAAACCUGAGUCCAAGUUGGGUAUGGGGCACAUGCCUGGAAUCCCAGU